AUGACGUCAGCAUCAUCUAGCAGUGCACGUUCAUUGUUUGCCGAAUCCAAACAAAGGCUAGCUGAGCGAGUACAAGUAAACAUGAAUAAUAUUUCUUCUCUCACCCGCCAAAUUCAACGAGGAUCUAAAUCUAAUGAGCUCCUUUCAAAAGCAGCACGUGAUUUUGCUGCAACAGAAAAUCUCAUGGAAAACAGUGAAGAAAAUUUGAAAAAAAUGCAGCUCAUUGCUGUGCAUAUAGGUUAUCAAUAUGAAAGCAUUCAAAAAUCUGCUCAAAUGCUCUUAGAAAUAAAAGAACAAGUUGCACAAAUGCAAAGAUGA